CGUAAAACAAAUAAUGAUACUUCAAAGAUGCACACCAGGUCGUUAAUGUCUUUUCACCUGGAUGGCAAACAUUGAAUGUACUAAGAGCCAAGUGCGAACUGCUCCUACUUAUUCCAGCCUUUUACAAUGAAGGUCCAGGACGAUUUUAUUUUAACUAUAGAUGAUUCGGAGGACGACAUUCAGUACGAUGACAACGAUGUUGAUGUCGUGGAAGAUGGAAACAAAGCUCCAUUGAAGACCCCUAAGAAAAAAUCGAAGAAGCAGAAGGAAAAGGAUGAUGAAGGUGAAUUUAGCAAUGAUUUUGCAUUUGAGACGGACGUAAACCAAGGUGUUGUUACUGAGGAAGACUCGAAUUGGGAUUUCGAUCUUUCCGCAAAAUCUGGUUACCGUGAUGAUUCGAAUGUAGUCAAUUUGGAUGCAAUUAUCGAACGCAAUCGGAUUCAAAAUAUCCAAAAUGAAGACGAAGAAACGAAGAAAAAUCCCACUGAAGAGAAGGAUGAGGAAGAGGAGAUUAGCCUGCACUCAGACGAUGAAGAUUUGGCCGCCGAUGGUUUCGGUACUGGGGCAAAACCAUCUGAGAAAUCUGAUUCUGAAGAAGAGGAAUCUGAAGACGAUGAUAUUACGGAACCUGUUCCUUCCUUUGCACCUUUGCAGGAUGGUGCUGAAGACCUAAACGCUGAGGCAUCUUCAUCUGAUGAAGAAGACGAACAGGAAGUUGCUAAAAAGAACGCUUAUUUCUCUGAAGGAGACAAAGAUAGUGCUGAUAUAAAGAUGCAAGCCUCUUUCCAAGCAAUGAACCUGUCUCGACCUAUUUUGAAGGGUCUUUCCAAAAUGGGUUUUGAAGAACCUACUCAAAUUCAAGCAAAAACAAUCCCCGUUGCUCUUCUUGGAAAAGAUAUUGUUGGUGCUGCCAUUACUGGUAGUGGUAAGACAGCUGCAUUCAUUGUCCCUAUUCUAGAACGUUUGCUCUAUCGCCCUAAAAAAAUACCGACCUCAAGAGUAUUGGUAUUGGUCCCUACUCGUGAGCUUGGUAUUCAAUGUCAUAGUGUAGCAACAAAGAUUGCUGCCUUUACCGAUAUCGUUUCAUGCUUGUGUGUUGGUGGUUUAUCUUUGAAGCAACAGGAGCAAGAACUUCGCAAUCGACCAGAUAUUAUAAUUGCAACCCCUGGUCGUUUCAUCGAUCACAUGAGAAAUUCCCAAGGUUUUACAGUUGAGCAUAUUGAAAUUAUGGUUAUGGACGAGGCUGAUCGAAUGCUUGACGAUGGCUUCGCUGAUGAAUUGAAUGAAAUUAUCAAUUCCUGUCCUAAGUCUCGACAAACAAUGCUGUUUUCGGCUACAAUGACGGACAAAGUAGACGACUUAAUUCGUCUUUCUUUAAAUAGACCAGUUCGUCUUUUCGUAGAUGCUAAAAAAUCGACAGCUAAGCAACUUACCCAAGAAUUUAUCCGGGUUCGUCCACAACGUGAAAACCUUCGUCCAGCCAUGCUCGUUUACUUGUGCAAGACAUUGUUCCAUAAGAAGACCAUCAUCUUUUUCCGAAGCAAAGUCUUUGCACAUAGAAUGAGAAUUAUUUUUGGACUACUGUCUUUGAGUGCGGCCGAAAUUCAUGGCUCUUUGUCCCAAGAACAGCGUAUACGCGCGUUAGAGGAUUUCCGAGAUGGUAAAUGCAAUUAUUUGCUGGCUACAGACGUUGCUUCCCGUGGUAUUGAUAUUAAGGGCAUCGAGGUUGUAAUUAAUUACGAAGCUCCUUCUUCACACGAGAUAUACCUUCAUCGUGUUGGACGUACUGCUCGUGCUGGCCGUAGUGGACGAGCUGUAACCCUUGCUGGUGAAGGUGACCGAAAAGUAAUCAAGGAUGUGUUUAAAACUUCCGCAGCUCAGAAUACUAAGGUAGUUAGCCGUAACCUCGAAUUUGAGAAAGUGGAGUCUUACGGAAAGCAAAUUAAAGAUUUGGAAGAAGUGGUCGACAAGGUUACUAACGAAGAAAAGCAAGAGAGAGAGAUCAAAAUUGCUGAACGUGAUUUAAAGAAGGGAGAGAAUAUCAUCAAGCAUAGUGAUGAAAUUCGUUCCAGACCAGCUCGUACGUGGUUCCAAAGUGAAAAACAAAAGAAGGCUUCCAAAGCUCAAGCUUCUGAAAAGCCAAAUAAACAGUCGCUGGCUAAGAGGAAAAAGGAAUUAGAAAAAGAGGAGAUGCCCCGUUCAUAUAAAAAGACUAAGAAGGAUAGAAUGACAAAAACUAAAGUCAAGGGUAAAAAGUAAAUAAUGGAAAACGCAUUGGUAUUAGGUUUAAAUAGGUUUUGGGUAGUAACAAUAUCUUAAUGUUCUCUUAGAGUUUUACUUUCUAAAUGAUUCUGUAAAUAAACUUCUAUAGCUUUAUUUCU